UUAUUUAAGAGGGAUCCCGGGCUGAGCUCCGAGGCGGCGAUCCAAUGGCGACGGCGGCGAGGCGGGCGAAGGGCCACCGAUUCCGAGCGCCGCCUCCGACGCCGGUCGCGACGGGGAAGGGUUCCCGGUCGGCAGCCGUGGACGACUGGGUCCUUUCCGAGUACCUCGAUAGAUCCCUCAAGGUCCCCAACCUCACCCUGCCGGAGUCGUGCUUUCCGAUGAGGUCCCCCGUCAAGGACCCGCCGGAGGUCGACCUCCCGGCGCUCCUUGGUGGCGAGGAGUCCGCGGUCCGCCGGGUGCUGGCCGCCGUCGUGGAGAUCGGCGCGUUCCGGAUCGGUGGCAGGGAUAAGGUGGCGGCGGCGGAGGAGGUCCGGGCGGCGAUCGAGGCUGGUGGCGCGGUGUUUGGGGUUCCCGGCGAGUUGGGCCGUUGCCUUGGGCGGAGGGAUGGGAUCGGGGAGGAGUUCUAUUGGAUGCGGCCGAUUAGUUCGGAGGACGAGAAGGUUCUCGAAGAGGCUUUGCGCGACACAUAUCGGACCUUCAGAGAAAAGAUGGAGAAUGUUGCUGUGAAGAUGGAAAUGGUUGCUGAGAGCAUCAGCAAAGUUCUCUCCGAACAUUUCAAAAACCAAAGGUGUUCGAUGGAAAUUGCCAGCAACCCAUCAAUCCUGUGUCUGAGAAAGUAUGACUACAAUGACAUCCAAGCUAAUCAGAGUGAGAACAGCCAUGCCAAAUCGCUUCACUCUCAUGCGUUAAGUCUCCAUAUCUCUGAUGACGACCACAAAUUCUGGAUCCGUUCUCCAGGGAGCUCGGCAUGUUUCGAGUUGCCUGCCGGGUCCAUGCUGGUUACUACUGGUAGAAAACUUCAGGAAUGGAGCAAUGGGGAGUUCAAGAGUGCCACUGUCGAGAAACUUUUUGACCUGAGUGAUGAUCCUAAUCCUUCUUUCUCCUUGGAGUUCAUGUGCACUCCUUUGGUUCUAUGUCAUGAGCCUUAUCAUGAGAUAAAGAAGGUAUCCAUAGUGGAUCAGCUAUUGAUAGUGCUGCUUCUUUUCUUCUUCUACAACCUCUGGACUUGGAUAUCCUUCAAGUUCACCAAUACAUAGUGUGGUAAAAAGAUUGGUCCUAGUCGUGUGGAAUGGACACAAGUCUAAGCGGGGGUGAAGACUUUUCUUUGCUUCAAAGUAGAGAAGAAUCAGGAGGCUCAUCGGAUCGAGCAACCUAUCCCCUUCACUUCUCCCUCGAUAGGUUUCGAGGAGCAGUAUUGCAACAACGCAGGGUGGUGACAGCAGAGGCCAAGGUCAAUGGAUGGACGACUGCUGUGGUGGAUUAUGUGGUGUUUCUGUGUGCUUAAAAUCAGGCAGAGUUGCUCUGCUCGGAUUUUCUCAUUCCAUUUUCUUGGGAGAAAAUUGGAAUGGAGUAUACGUAAUCACUUGGUGUGGGAUUGAGUUUGUUGGUUAAAGACACAAUUUGGUGUGUCUGAGAGUUGGCUUGCUUUGAAGAUGCUUUUUUGGACUGUAUAUAUGCAUACUGGUUCCAUGUACAUUCUUUUUGGUCAAGAUUGACUAAUAAACAUGUUUUUUAUAUAAUUUUUUUAAAAAAAAAA